AUGCAGGUGCUUCAAGCAAGCACGCCCGUUGCGGGGCAUGGCAACCGCAAGCACACCAGAGAGCCAGCAGAAAAUCAAUCCGAGCGAUUGUGUCAGAAAAGGGCGCUAGAAACAUUUGGAUUGAAGGAAGAAGAGUGGGGCGUCAACGUGCAGCGAUCUCCAGCCAAUCUUUAUGCUUAUUCCGCCCUCCUCAACACCCAUGACCGGAUAAUGGGGCUUGAUCUACCGCACGGUGGCCAUUUAUCUCACGGCUACCAGAUUCCUACAAAGAAGAUCUCAAUGAUAUCGAAAUAUUUCGAGACCCUGCCCUACCGUCUAGACGAAUCCACCGGCAUAAUAGACUAUCAGAAGCUGGAAGACUCGGCCAUGCUAUACCGCCCCAAAAUAAUAAUAGCGGGCACCUCAGCAUACAGCAAACUGAUUGAGUAUGCCCGAAUGCGGGAGAUAGCAGAAAAGGUGGGAGCUUACUUACUAAGCGAUAUGGCGCACAUAUCCGGCCUUGUCGCUGGUGGAGUCAUCCCCUCACCCUUCCCACACUCUGACGUCGUCACCACCACAACGCACAAGUCGCUUCGAGGCCCAAGAGGUGCAAUGAUAUUCUUCCGCAAAGGCGUCCGUCGAGUAGACAAAAAAGGUGUGGAAGAGAAGUACGACUUGGAAGGUCCCAUUAACGCAUCAGUCUUCCCAGGCCACCAGGGUGGCCCUCACAACCACACCAUAACCGCCCUCUCCGUGGCACUGCAACAAGCGCAGACUCAAGAAUUCAAAGACUACCAAACAUCUGUCCUCCUGAACGCUAAAGCUCUCGCAGACCGCUUCUCCUCCAUGGAUUACACCAUCGUAGGCGGGAGCACCGAGAACCACCUCGUGCUGAUCGACCUCAAGAGCAAAGGCAUCGACGGCGCGCGUGUUGAGCGCGUGCUCGAACUCGUGGGUGUGGCAAGCAACAAGAACACUGUUCCCGGGGACAUGUCGGCCAUGAAGCCCGGCGGACUGCGAAUGGGCUCGCCAGCCAUGACCACGCGGGGUCUACAACCUGAGGAUUUCGCACGAGUAGCGGAGAUCGUGGAUCGCGCCGUCACCAUCUCUAUUGGUUUGGACAAGAGGGCAAAAGAGCAUGCGGAAAGCACAGGGAGGAAGAAUCCUGGAAGCGUGAAGGCGUUCCUGGAGUUCUUGGGUGAGGGGACAGAAGUGCAAGAUAUCGUGCAAUUGAGAAGAGAGGUGGAGGAGUGGAUUGGGACCUUUGCUCUGCCUUGGGAUACGUAG